CUCAACAAUUUUUGCAUAAAUUCUGCAUAAGUUAUGAUAAAAAUGCCACCCACAUUAAGGCUUAUAUCCAAAAAUGCCAUCCACAAUACGACUUAUAUCCGAAAAUGCCAUCCACAAAACAGCUAAAGGCUCCGAUAGUUUUAGGUUCAAAUAUAACAUUAACGCCAUCUGUUGUCACAAUGCGUUCUGUUCUCUGCAAUAAUCCAACAUGCCCGAUAAUAGUAUCGUUAAAAAGAAAGUCAUUAAACACAUGUCAAAAAAGCUAUCUCUCUAUUUAUAAGAGAUUUCUUUUCAUGUCCAACUCUUAAAUAUUAUUCAAUUCUUGUUCUUGUUUUUCUCUCUCUCUCUCUCUUUCUGUCUCUCCCUCUCUCAAGCUCUCUUAAUCAUUAAUUCUUUGAAAACAAGCAGCCGUUUGUAGAGUUUUUUUUUGUUUCUUGCAGGUAUGCCAGCAAAACGUGUACAUUGUAUAAAAUUAGUAAUAAUAUCGAAUUUUGGCCGGCAUAUAAAAUGCCGCGUGUUUUAUAAAUUAAUUAUUGUUAUUAUUUUAUUUUGUAUUUAUGCAGAGGAAUUAAAGGAUUGACUUAAUUUAAUAUAAAUAAACGAAAUAUCGAAUAAAAUUCACAAUAACAUUGGAUUUGCAAAAAUUGUUAACUAAGAAAAAAAAUGAAUGAAUUUUUUGAAAGUAUUGGUAUGCCUUUUCCCGGCUUGAGACGAAUAUAUCACGUGCUUAGCCGUAAAAAACCAAUUGAGGAUUCAAAUGAAUCGAAAUUAGCGAAAGUUUUAUCAGCGUUCGAUUUAACUACGUUGGGCAUUGGUUCGACAUUGGGUGUUGGUGUUUAUGUGUUGGCCGGUCAAGUAUCCAAAAUUUAUGCCGGGCCGGCAGUCAUCUUUAGUUUUCUUAUAGCUGCAAUUGCGUCCAUUUUUGCUGGGCUAUGUUAUGCCGAAUUUGGUGCACGGGUUCCUCGAGCCGGUUCAGCCUACAUCUAUAGUUAUGUAACAAUUGGUGAAUUCAUUGCUUUCAUUAUUGGAUGGAAUUUGAUAUUGGAAUACGCUAUAGGCUCGGCAAGUGUUGUGAAAGGUUUAAGUUCCUAUUUGGAUAACUUGUGCGGUCAUGCCAUGGAGAAGUUUUUAGGCACUCACUUGCCAAUGAAUAUUGACGGUCUUAAUGCUUAUCCAGAUAUCUUUGCUUUUGGUGUAACUAUAAUUUUUUCUUGGGCCAUAGCUUUCGGAGUCAAAGAGUCGACACGUCUUAACACUGCCUUUACGCUGCUCAAUUUAAGUGUCGUAUUAUUUGUGAUUAUCGCUGGUCUCUUCAAAGUAACUACCAAGAAUUGGACUCUACCCAAAUCCUCUAUACCGGAAGGUUAUGGAGAGGGUGGUUUUGCUCCUUAUGGCUUUGCUGGAAUCAUACGAGGAGCGGCUAUAUGUUUUUAUGGUUUUAUUGGUUUCGAUUGUAUAGCGACCGCUGGUGAAGAAGCUAAAAACCCGAAAAAAUCCAUACCGUUUGCUGUUAUAGCUUCUUUGGCUAUGGUGUUUUUAGCUUAUUUCGGCAUUUCCACAGUUCUUACUAUGAUGCUGCCAUACUAUGAGCAGGACGAGAGCGCUCCUUUGGUACAUGUAUUUAGCAUUUAUGGUUGGACAGCACCUCAAUACAUUGUAUCGAUUGGUGCUAUAUGUGCUAUGUGCACCAGCCUUAUGGGUUCUAUGUUUCCUUUACCACGCAUAGUCUAUGCUAUGGCCACAGACGGUUUGCUGUUUCAAUUUAUGGCAGAGAUUAGUUCGAAACACAAGACACCACUGAAUAGCACUCUAUUGACAGGAUUUUUAACGGGCGCCUUUGCAGCAAUUUUCAAUUUAAAACAACUAAUGAAUAUGAUGUCUAUUGGUACGUUUUUGGCUUAUUCCAUGGUAGCAGCUUGUGUGUUAAUAUUACGUUAUGAAAGUACGGACCGUAAGAUAUUAGCCAACGGUCACACUCUUAAAGACUACGAGGAGACAAAAUGCAGUUUCUGGCAGUUGCUGUUUAAUAGCUCUCGAUCCAUAGUACCUACCAAGAAAACAUCACAGUUAGUUACCAUGUUAAUACUGAUGUAUGUACUGCAAUGUAUUCUCCUAACACAGGUAUUAAGUAAUUUCGAGGAGAAUCUUUCCCAUGUAACUGCGUCCGAUAUUGUCAAACUUGCAGUGACGUUACCUCUUUUAAUACUAACUCUCUAUGCUAUUUCUCGACAACCAGUAUCACCCGCUCAUUUAGCUUUUAAAGUUCCAUAUGUGCCGUGGGUUCCUGGCUUCUCAUUGUUAAUUAACGUUUAUCUUAUGAUCAAACUGGACAUUAUGACAUGGAUUCGUUUCAGUGUAUGGAUUGUAAUCGGCUUAAUUAUCUUCUUCGGCUACAGUAUACGCAAUAGUUGUUUACGUAUGCGUACAGAAAUGAAAAUUUUAACGGAAUCCGAAUCAAGAGAUCGAAGUGAAAUUGAUAAUAUAUCACUUGAACAAAAUGAACGCUUCACAACACAAGCACCGCUAAUGGUUAUGCAAAGUUCUAUUUAAUUAAGAUUGUUUACUAAUAUAGUAAGAGUAAACGUGUACUUAAAAAUAAGAAAAGUCUGAUAAAUCAUUUGAAAACAAGAUGUGAAGCGAUAAAGAGAGAGUCCAUCCACCCUCUCAACACCAAAAUGCAAAAUAAAAAACCAAUGCUUUUUAUUCCUAUAUAUUGUAUAAAAAUUUUAUGGAUAUUUCCAAUAAAAAUAAAUGUUAAUUUAUUUUAUUAUUAUAAUUUGCUUAGAACACGGAAAUAAGUUCUACGGUUAAAAAGUGGCCAAGACACAAUAUUUCAGAUUUUUCAGGCUGGAAAAAUAUUGUAUGAGUACUUUAAACAUAAUUAAAUAAUUAGUUAAUAUUGAAUAUUCCCUAAGCGUAACUAAAUCUCUUAAGCAAAAACUCUUACUUAUUUAAGGUUAUGGUCAUCUUAGAAAGUGCCAUCAUUUGAUGGCAGAUAUUGAUGCCAACAUAUAAGUUAAAUUAUAGACCUGUAUUUCUUGGAUGAGCUUGCCUAAAUCAAAGCGAAAUUCUCCGCUAAUCAAAAAUAUAGAUGUUUUCGUGCCUAUUUUUACAUCGCGUAUACCAAAGAUUAUUGGGUAUUAUUAAUUUUUGAUAGCGUAGUGUUCUUUAUUAACGAUGCCAGCUUUGCAACUGAGCUUUGCGAUUCCUCGCAUAGCAGCAAAAGGGAUAUUUACCGUUUUUUUAAAACAAGUCCAAUACUUUCAAUUUAUUUUAAAUAUACCCAGACAAUCUGAACUUCCAAUGCUUUAUUGAAAAAAUGCCAUCGGUGUCAACUGUCAACUGUACGCUAAUACAUUAAUUUUCAUGGAUAUUACUUCAUUUCCUGACAGGGUUAAAAUUCUUGUUGUUGUAUGCGAAAGUCUACUAGAAAAGGUGUUAAGGCAAAAAAAAGUCUGAUAGCCCUGAAUAAUAUUUCGGAGAAAAUUUUUUUAGAUUAUUUAUGAAUAGAUUGAAUAUACAAAAAAAAAUUUAUUUUUUUUUUUUGAAUAUUAAA